CCGAAGCCAAUCCGCUCCUCAGACAUUCGAAGUCAGCGCGCACUCAUCUUCUCAUCAAAGAUUGCAGAAGGUCUUUUACAGAGCUUCACUUCCAAAGUAAUUGUUAAAACAAUUCUCCCAGCUUCUAUCAACUCACUUUUCAAGAUGAAGCCGUUCUUUGUAAUCACUCUAGUUCUAUUUUCAUGUCUGUGUCUUGUUGGAGUCACCCAAGCCGUUGCUGUUUCAAAGGAAGGUACGCAAGAGGAAGCUUUUGACCCUGAAAACAUUCUAGAUUCAGGCAAACUGAUCCAAACAGAAGAGGAUAAAAUCUCCGAAAUUAGAAACCAAGUAUUGUUCCUUCAGGAAUCCGUUGCUGAGAUCACCCGUUCCUUCUCAACUCUCGAACUCGUCGCGAAGAAUCCAUCAAUGAUGGCAAAGAUUCACAUUGCUGACUCUCCCGAGACCGAGCUUGAGCUAGGAGAACCUGAAAAGAUACGACGUCGAAGGCACGUCGACUCGCAAUCGACAUCGUUCUCAUCAUCUGGUGCCGAGCAGAUUAGCCUAGGUCAGAACCAAUCCGGACCAUACUCAUGGCCAAUGUAUUCUGGUCAAUGUUUCUUGUGUCCUGCUGGUGUUCCUGGACAAAGAGGUCCCUCAGGCCCACAGGGGGUUGCCGGAAGGGACGGCAGAGACAGACGGGAUGCACCGACAGAUUCCCAAGCUCGAGAAACAUCUACUUCACCCAGCGACGAAACAAACCCAACUGAAUCCGGAGGUAGUGCGGUAGUGCCUCCAGCUUCUAAAGACAUGGCAGUGAUGGCACACAUAGUGACUCCUGAUUAUAUUCAGGAAAUGAGGAAGGAUGGGACGUGGGGAGGAGAACCUGAAAUCAUUGCAUGUGCCAACAAGUAUAGAGUGAACAUCAAUGUAAUAACAAGCGCAGAAGGAAGCACCGAAGCAGGGUUUAUAAUGCACAAGUACAAGGCAACAGGAGAAGAGGCAAAUGCUGAACUGAUGACGUUGUAUUUUGGACAUGUGUUUGAACAACACUAUGUAAGCCUAGCAUACCACUUUCAGAGGAUAGCAUUCUCUGCUCUCUCCUAA